GAGCUGUGCUAUCCAAACUUGAGCUUUCCCCAUGGAUGAGUCAAACAUAACGUUUCAUCCCAGCGAAGGCACAGAGAACAUCUCAAUGCACAGAAACAUUUCUACACAGGAAAGGGUCUGGGAGAUAUUGACCCCACUUUGGGUAAUUAUGAUCAUCUCCUUCCUGGGUUUUUGUGAAAAUGGAAUUGUCCUCUGGUGCCUCUGCUUCCAGAUCAAAAGAAACCCAUUCACUGCGUACAUCACACACUUGUCCAUUGCUGAUAUCUCCUUACUGCUUUGUACGUUUAUUCUGUCAAUUGAGUACAUUGCUGGUUUUGGAUUCGCAUAUGGUUUUUACUAUUAUGUAACCACCACACUAUCUAUUGUCUUCCUUCUUGGCUAUAAUACUGGUCUCUAUCUCCUGACAGCCAUCAGUAUUGAGAGGUGUCUGUCUAUUGUUUACCCCAUCUGGUACCGAUGCCACCGGUCGCAGCACCAAUCGGCAAUCGUGUGCGCGAUUCUGUGGACUCUGUCUUUUUUCAUGACAGUGGCCGAAUAUUUAACAUGCAAAGAUGAUUCAACCAAGGAACAAUUCGACGACAGCAACCAUUGCCAAGCACUGCUCAUCUUCACAUGGAUCCUGACUUUCAUGAUCUUCAUUCCUCUAAUGAUUCUGUCCAGCCUGAUCUUGGUUAUCAGGAUUCGCCGUAACUCCCUGAGACCUCAUUCGUCAAAGCUCUACAUCAUCAUUGUGGCCACAGUCAUUGUCUUCCUCAUCUUUGCCAUGCCUAUGAGGCUGCUGUAUCUUCUGAAUUACCACCACUGGUCAUCUUUGCUCAGCCAGCAGAACCAUGUCACCAUUGUUCUCUCCACCGUUAACAGUAGCAUCAACCCCCUGGUUUACUUCUUUGUAGGAAGCAGCAAGAAGAAGAGGUUCAAGGAGAGCCUCAAAGUGGUUCUUAGCAGAGCUCUCACUGAUGGCUUGCGGCCAAGAAGCCAGGAGGUUGGCAUGAGUUUGGAUAUAGCUGAAACAAUUUUCUAAAGCUUAGGGGGGAAACUCUAGGGGCAAAUAAUUGAAUGUGGAAUAUUUAAUAAGCCGCUGCAAAACUAAGAGUAUUUUUCAUAGAAUGUAAAAGGCAAAGGUGAAAUGGUAUUGUUAUCUUUAGUGGUUGAGCAAUGGAAAAACAUGGACUAGAAUAAAGAUAACUUUUAUUUGUUUUUUUUUUAAUUUGUAUUUUCCUAAUUAUUUAAACACAUGCUACAUCCUGUGACUAUACCAAUCAAAGAUACCACAGUGAA